AAUAAUGAUAUGGAUUUAGAUAAAGUUCCAUCAUCAGUUACAUCAUUUGAAACAAAUACAUUAGCUGAAAAUUCAUCUCGUGCAAGUUUUAGUCAACAUGCACAAUUAAGAGAGGCAGCAAAUAGACACGAUUGUUUAGCCGGUGAUUUUCCACUUGCCGAUAGAGGGUUGGCGAAUUGUACAAUGAAUUCUUUGGG